AUUCUGGGGGUGUUCAAGAUUCCCGGUUAUCCAAUAGUCGGUAAUCUUUUCCAAGUCAUCAACAACCCAGCUCAAGUGUUUAUGAAGUGGUCAGAAGUAUUCAAUGUCAGUUUGUUUCAGAUUAGGUUUGGUUCUAGAAGUGUGGUUGUAGUCAACUCGUUUGAAGAUGUCACUAGAUUGUGGAUCAAGUACUCAUGUUCAAACAAUUCUCGUCCUGUUCUGUAUACUUUCCAUCAGGUAGUGUCACUGACUAGAGGUUUCACAGUCGGAUCCACUCCAGCAGGUGAAAGCUACAAGAGGAAGAGGAAAUCUAUUUCUCAGCACCUCAACCACAGGGCUGUUGAAAGAUCAAAAUCAACUCUCGAUAAGGAAGUGGAGUACAUGAUCAACCAAAUGAUUUCUAGAAACCAUGAAUUAUCAGGUCCUCCAUCAGUUAACAUGUUUAGAAAUAGCAAAUGUGAAUUGGCGGACAUUGAUAUGAAGAUUUAUUUCCAACAAUUUGCAUUGAGAAGCUCAGUUUUCUUUGCUUUUGGAAUUCACUUGGAUUGUUUUGGCAAGGAUUCAAAGCUUUGCAACGAAAUCAUUGAAGUUGAAAGUGCCAUAAUGAAAUUCAGAUCUCCAAUUGCCAACUUGGAAGACUUCUUGCCUAUCUUGAGAUAUUUUCCUGGCAAAUUCAAGAAAGCGGCCGAGUUCCGAGAAAGAAGGGACAGAUACAUGAACAAGCUCUACAAAACAAUGAUUGAAGGGAUUGUAGUGGGUAAUGCCGAUGCUGUUGCAAGUAUCGUUGGAACAAUAAAGAUAGAACAAGACCAGCAGAUGAACAAACUAACAGAAGAAGAGAUCCAAAGCAUUUGUUUAACUUUGGUUAGUGCUGGCUUGGAUAAUACUGCAUUAAAUAUCAACCAUUUGAUGGGCCAUUUUUCGCAGCCAUUUUAUGGUGCUGCACUACAGAAAAAGGCCUAUGAUGCACUUUUGGCUGGAAGCAAUGGAGAUAUUUGUCAAGCAUGGGACGACGCUGUUGAUGUCAAAUGUCCAUAUGUUAUUGCUUUGGUUCAAGAAUCGUUAAGGUAUUUCACAGUUUUACCUUUAGGUUUGCCCAGAAUCACCACUAAAGAUAUUGUCUAUAAUGGGGCAUUUAUUCCCAAGGAAACCAUCCUUAUCAUGAACGCUUUUGCAGCCAACCAUGAUUCUUGUGUAUUCCAAUCUCCUUACGAAUUCAUUCCUGAGAGAUGGUUGGAUGCAGAGACUGGUGAGCUAAUUGAUAAACAUGAUUUAAUUCACUUAUCGUUUGGAGCAGGUUCUAGAAUGUGUGCUGGAAUUCAAUUGGCCAUCAAUGAGAUGUAUACGUUCACCUCUCGCCUUGUUCUCUAUUUCAAGAUUAAGCCACCAACUUGUGGAGCAAUCAUGGAUUUGGAUCCUUUCAGGAACAACGAAAAUCCAAGUGCCACCUCUUUUGAACCAAAGCCAUUUAAAGUUAGGUUAGAGCCUAGAUAUAGCGACAGCCUUUACAACAAACUUCGAAGAUCUUAA